AUGGAUCCGAACGUUUAUGAAGCAUGCAGUGAUCUGAUAUACAAGUUCCAUGGGCCUUCGAGUGCAGAUGAAGUUCUUGCAGACAAAGUAAACCAUCUGGUUCCUGUGCCGCUGCCGUCGGCGGAAGAGAUUGAAUCUGCCGCCAGGGAGGAGUUGGAAACAGAUGAGGAGGUACUUCCGCAUAUGGAUCUGAAGGUGUUGCAUUAUUUUUUGACACAGUUGGUUGUGCAGAAAUAUCCUCAUUUGAUCAAUUGUUUUGAUGAGACGUCGUUGAUUGCUGUCGGAAUGAUGGUUGAAGAGCUGGUGCAGCAGUAUGCGAGAAAAGGAUCGGGGGAGCUUAGUGAAGGUGCUGCAAUGGUCAUAACGAAGAUGACCAACUAUAGAGAGUCUCCGUCGAAUAUCUGA